GGCCAUGCAGGCUGCUGCCUAUAUCUUCAUUCAUAGGAAAUGGAAGGAUGACAAGAGCCAUUUUGAAGACAUGAUUGAUUAUUUUUGUGAUAUCCGUGAACCACUUCAACUCCUCAUAUUUCCAGAAGGGACUGAUCUCACAGAAAACAGCAAGGCUCGAAGUAAUGAUUUUGCUGAAAAGAAUGGACUUCAGAAAUAUGAAUAUGUUUUACAUCCAAGAACUACAGGCUUUACUUUUGUGGUAGACCAAUUAAGAGAAGGUAAGAACCUUGAUGCUGUCCAUGACAUCACUGUGGCAUAUCCCCACAACAUUCCUCAGUCAGAGAAGCACCUACUCCAGGGAGACUUCCCCAUGGAAAUCCACUUUCAUGUGCACCGAUAUCCAAUAGACACCCUCCCCACAUCCAAGGAGGACCUUCAGCUCUGGUGCCACAAGCGGUGGGAAGAGAAAGAGGAGAGGCUGCGUUCCUUCUAUCAAGGGGAGAAGAAUUUUUACUUUACUGGCCAGAGUGUGGUUCCACCUUGCAAGUCAGAGCUCAGGGUCUUUGUGGUCAAAUUGCUCUCUAUACUGUACUGGACCCUUUUCAGCCCUGCAAUGUGCCUACUCAUAUAUUUGUAUAGUCUUGUUCGAUGGUAUUUUAUAAUCACCAUUGUAAUCUUCGUGCUGCAGGAAAGAAUAUUUGGUGGACUGGAAAUCAUAGAACUUGCAUGUUACCGUUUUUUACACAAACAGCCAUAUUUAAAUUCAAAGAAAAAUAAGUAAGGUUAUAAGGUUCACAAUGUAAGAACCUAGGGGAUAUUUUGGAAAUGUUCUAAGCCUUUGUAAACUGAGAUGCAUUUUUGCAUGACUAUGUCAAAUAUUUCUUACUACCAUCAUUAUUUGUUAAAGAUAUUUUACACUUAAUUUUGUGGGAAAAAUAUUGCUACACACAAUUUUUUUUUAAAUCUGUGAACGUAAUUUUGAUAUUGUGUAUGUAGCAGGGAGCGAUUGUUAUGAAUAUGAAUAUUCGGGCCAGAAUAUUAUUAAACAAUCAUCAGGCUGUCAGCAGACAGGGAACACAUAAGGUUUUCUUAGAGGCCCAAUCCUAUUUUCUAACAGACUCCCUAGACCACAGGCAGAUCUGGAAUUCAUGAGCACUGGCUCAAACCAUGUGCUGUUACUUGACUGCCCAGGUCACCUUAUCAAGGUGGGCACUGUUCCUGCAGGUGCCCAGGCAGGUGGUGCCCAGGCUCCUUCGCUUGGUGCCCUGCUUCCUAUGCCAAUCAGACCAUCUCGUCCUUCCUUAAGAUCAGAACCUGGAGCUCCCUUGUUCUUUAGCUGAUCAGUUUGAUAGGAAGCCCUUCAUUAUUCAUAGAAUCUUGUGCUAACCAAGAUGUCAGAAGACCACCUGUGCCCUUUUAUCUUGUGGAAGACAAGACCUGGACGUGUCUCAGGGAGCAACCCCAGACUCUCCACUUUGAAACUUUGAUUUGAGUUUUAAAAGAUAGGAAUUAAUAUAGUUCAAGUUCUUCACUCAUACUCAGGCUUGCAUGCUUAGUGCUGGUUUUCUUACAACUUGGUGGCAGAUGUAGCUUUUCUGCAUUAAAAAUAAAAAUGGUAUAACAUGAAGUCACUCCUUCUUUUUAAAGGAACGCUUAGAAGAACAUUGUGUUAUUGCAGCCAUAUUUUUUUUUAUAACUUACCAAAAAAGGAAGGUUGUGUUUUCUACAUGUGCAUGGAUAUCUAACAUCUGCCAUUAAAACAACAGAAAUACUUGCAAGUAAUGUUUUAUCCUAAAUUAUUCAACCCCGUAGGCUUGACAAAUUUUGCUCUUAAAACCAAAAUGAAAACACAAAAAUAAAUCAUUUUUAAUGAUAGCAAGGGAUCUCUUUUAGUCAUAGUCUUCCUCUUUCAAUAAUAAUAUUUAAACCCACUUUUGAUCGAUUGCCUAAAUAUUCCUGUCAUUUGGAGUCAGUGGAAAAUCCAGCAAACUAACAACACUGAUCUCUUUCUGAUGCAAAAGAAACAUGUCAUUUUUGUUUUCACUCUAUUGGAGCCUUGUGCUCCUUUUUUUGUCAUGUAGUAGGGAUGCUGGUCAGAGCUGCAGAAAAUAUGAGGCAAUUAAAAGUCUUAAGCUGUUAGCAAAUCUGUCAGUUUUACUUCUGCAUUGAACCAGUCUCAAAAGCUACUUACUGCAUGAUGUACUCUGUGGGCAUGAAUGCCUUCUCUUUAAUUACAUCUCAUUUUUGCUUGACAGUGACCUACCCAAUAAUUGAAUCCUGCAUUGCCAUGAAAGGUAAACACAUCGUGAGCUGAACUUUCUGAGCAGAUUCUUUGAGAAAGUGCUUGUUGAGGCUGAACACUGUUGACACAUCGUUUUUAUUGGAAGAGCAUUAACUGGUGGUGCCUCUGCUGACACGGACCAACCCGUGUUUAACUGCUCCCCCAAAGCUGUUUCUAAUCCUUCUGGGAGCUACUAAUUAGUAUUAUGCACAUCUGCUCCAAACCUAGCUGUU